CAUCUAGACCCAGCCCAAACAACCCUCUCCGCUUCCGGCCCGAGGAGAAAAAAAAAACUUUCUUCUUCCGCCGCAAGAAGAAGAGGCCGAGGAAUAAAGCUUUCGUCGAGCGCAGGGAGAAGAAACCCAACCAAACCCCGGGGAUGGCGACGGUGGCGAUGGACAUCUCGAAGCCCCCGCCGGCCGCGUCCGGCGACGAGUCGGCCAAGGGCGCGCGUGGCGGAGGGGAGGGGCUGCGGCAGUACUACCUGCAGCACAUCCACGACCUGCAGCUCCAGAUCCGCCAGAAGACCCACAACCUCAACCGCCUCGAGGCCCAGCGCAACGACCUCAACUCCCGAGUUAGAAUGCUCAGGGAAGAGCUACAGUUGCUCCAAGAGCCUGGCUCUUAUGUUGGUGAGGUGGUGAAGGUCAUGGGCAAAUCAAAGGUUCUAGUCAAGGUGCAUCCAGAAGGCAAAUAUGUAGUAGAUAUUGAUAAGAGCAUCGAUAUUACAAAAAUCACACCUUCGACAAGAGUUGCUCUUCGGAAUGAUAGCUAUAUGCUUCAUUUGGUUCUACCAAGCAAAGUUGAUCCACUGGUCAACCUUAUGAAAGUUGAGAAGGUCCCGGAUUCCACGUAUGAUAUGAUUGGAGGUCUUGAUCAGCAAAUCAAGGAGAUCAAAGAGGUCAUUGAGCUUCCUAUCAAACAUCCUGAGUUAUUUGAGAGCCUUGGAAUUGCCCAGCCAAAGGGUGUCCUCCUUUAUGGACCACCAGGGACAGGCAAAACAUUACUGGCACGUGCAGUCGCUCAUCACACCGACUGUACCUUCAUCAGGGUAUCUGGUUCCGAGUUGGUUCAGAAGUAUAUUGGUGAGGGCUCCCGGAUGGUUCGUGAACUCUUUGUUAUGGCUAGGGAGCAUGCACCAUCUAUUAUAUUCAUGGAUGAAAUAGACUCCAUUGGAUCUGCUAGAAUGGAGUCUGGAACUGGCAACGGUGAUAGUGAAGUGCAACGGACCAUGCUUGAGCUGCUAAACCAACUUGAUGGUUUUGAAGCAUCAAACAAAAUUAAGGUUCUGAUGGCAACAAACCGGAUAGACAUCUUGGAUCAAGCCCUUUUGAGGCCUGGCCGCAUAGACAGGAAGAUUGAAUUUCCAAAUCCUAAUGAGGAUUCACGAGGUGACAUCUUGAAGAUUCAUUCAAGGAGGAUGAACUUGAUGCGUGGAAUUGAUCUGAAAAAGAUUGCGGGAAAGAUGAAUGGCGCUUCAGGAGCUGAGCUAAAGGCGGUGUGCACCGAAGCCGGAAUGUUUGCUCUCCGCGAGAGAAGGGUGCACGUAACGCAGGAGGACUUUGAGAUGGCGGUGGCCAAGGUGAUGAAGAAGGACAAUGAGAAGAACAUGUCCUUGCGGAAGCUGUGGAAGUGAGGACCCGAGCUUUCUCCGCCUUGCUGAAGCUGUGAAAGCGUGUAACUGCACGUUGCUGGACUUGUAUUUUUUAACUUGUGUCGUUCCAUGGUUAACAAAGUUUUUAAGAUCCGCAUGUGGUAGCAUAAUUAACUACGUAUAAUGUUUGAUGAUCGAACUAGUUGAAUUAGCUA